GCUGGACCGUCCUUUCAGCUUGAAUCGUCACUCUCCAUGAUGCUCACAAUGCCGCUUUCUAGAGGUAAGAGGAGGACUUGCUUCGCUAACAUGGACCUCCCCUUCUUCUUUCGCACUGCAUGCUUCCUCAUUCUCAUCUAGUCUCACAUGUCGUGAAAGCCAUACCGUAUUAAAAUGUGUCGCGGUUCACAAUUCCCGUGUCAAGCAUGGCCGCAGCCCCUCGAGACAGCAUAGUGGAAACCGAACGACAUGCAAACGAUCUUGUCGAAGGCGCGCUACACCUAAAGGCCAAGGCAAAGUCCAAAGUCAAGAAGAUACUCAAUGACCCAGACCAUGACGACCCGUCCGAUGAGGACGACAUCUUUGCUGACGCUGCAUUCGACCCAAGCCGGGUGCUUGACCAGAGUCACCAGACCUCUCCCAAAUCUAAAAAGUCCGCUCGAAAUACCAUCGCCGACGGGGUCAAGGAUGCCACGCACAUAGCCGCGCACCCACGGCGUCUCAUUCGCAGCAAGGUCACGAAGAAGGCCGCGGCAAGAAUCGGUAACGCUCGACAUCCCACAUUGACUGUCGACCGAGAUCAAGAACUACUCGACGCUCAUGACGCACUUGACCAUGCCGUUUCUUCCACCGCAUCAACAUCAGACCCCCAAGAACUUCGAGGAGAGAUCGACGAAGCAAGUAAUCGGGUUCACAGAGUGGAGGAGCAACGCGAGAGCUUGCAGACUGCUUGGAUCCUGGGCCGCCACGUUACUCGAGUCAAGGUGGUUCGACCCAUUCCUCGUCUACCGAGAUCGCACUUCACUACCGAGUCGCGAUUUCAGUGGGAACGAUAUCUGGCUCACCUCGCACUCUACUACACGCGAGGAUUCACCUCUCAGUAUAUCGACGACUUCGACUCUCCGCCUUUUGAUCUCGAAGAUCUCGCGCGCAUCAUCGAAAGAAUCGCCAUCACCAGUGCGCCAUGGCAGGCAUUCUUGGUGAGUGUACGAGAAGUUUACAUGUGGCAAGAUCCCCGCCGGACCGGACGUUGGUUCGCACUCUUCCUGGUGCUGUGGUACUUCCAGUACAUCAUGGCAUAUUUCUACUUUUACAUCGUCUACUCUACCAUAAAAAACAAGUUCCAGCCGAGUUCGGUUCAAACUGUCCGUGCCAACGUCAGCAGAGCACUCGAUCGAGAAGCACGGGUUCAAGCUUGGGGAGAUCUCAUCCAACGGCACGGAAAGCACGAUUGGCUCGAACCGUUUCUCGACGAGAUUGGCCCCAUGAUUCAACGACAAUUGGGCGACUUUGCCGACCUCCUCGAGAUCAUGGUCAACUUUCACCGACACGAAAAGCCGCGGCUGACCAUUGCGUCGGUGUUUUUCUUUUCCUCCUGCCUGGCCGUGUGCCUCUGCGCGGACAUGGAAUUCUGCAUGAAGGUGGUGUGGUUCGUCGUCGGCGGUGGCUUCUUCUUCUCGUACCCCGUCGCGACCAACCUCCCCAAGUAUCGGCUCCUGGUGUCUCAGUUCCGGUGGAUCUUUUGGGGCAUCCCGACCCAUGCCGAGUUGGCCAUCCUCAGGUUGCAGGAGAAGGCGGUCGUGAGGGACGCAAACCUGGCCGAGUUCGACCUACCACGGAGCGAUGACAAUAGUGAUGAUGGGGAUGGGCCUCGGCGUUGGCCGAUGGUGGGAGAAGAGUCGCAUGCAUUCGCCGCCGUGGAAAAAAGAUCAGGCCGGGGUCGACUCGUCGUGGGAAGAACGGGCGUGAGUUUCGCCCUAGAGGCAAGUGGCGAUGGACUUCGUCGUCAAUGGUCAUUUUUAGAGCUUCACGAGCUCCGAAAGAUCGAUCCCGACGAGAGCGAUCCCAUGUGGAAGAAUUUGAAGAACCUCCAUUCUCGCUCGUCGGCGGUGUUGCAGAUUGUGUUUUUACAAGACGACGACGACGACGAAAUCACUCUUCUCCUUCAUCCCGCCGAUCGAGAUCGAGUCUUCAACUUGAUUCUCGCCUGGAGUGGUCAGAAAUGGCAGUCUCUGCAGAUGGAACGACAGAACAGUGAUCGUGGGAAUCUUGACAGAGCGAUUAAGCGGGCUUUGCACUGAUUCGUAUUUGAUAGUCUAGUCGCUACUUCGUAAUGAAAGGGCC